CACAAUUGAUGAUUUAUUUGUUAUUAAAACAAUUCACAGAGAAUCGAUAAAUUAUGUCUAUACAUUUAUUAUACAUACAUUGCUCAUAACAUCAACACAACCGUUUCUUAGAGGCUGUACACUUCCCGGCAAACAAUAUGAAUUCAUUUAUCAUUUCGAUAAUUGUUUUUAUAAUUGCAAAUGCCUCUGCGCAGACGGUCUUUGCGCAACAGCCAAUGCUUGGACAAAUGUCAGGACAAUCUGGACUUCUCGGAACCAUGACCAUAGCCGAUGUAUUGAAAAUGGUUCCACGUGAUGCUAAAUCAUAUAAAAACCCAGAAAACGCAAAACUAGUUGCACUGUUAGCAAAUGUACCAUCGUUUGUCCUAAAUGAUCAAGCUUCCACAUGGAUACCAAUAUCUUAUCAAAAACAGAUUGCAAAAGAUCUGUUAGCACAGAAGCAACAAAAAACAACACCAUCUACGAAACCAACGACAAAACAACAAACUAUGACGAAACAGACGAAUUCAUUAAAUGGAAUGUUGAAUCAACAGCCACAGCUUGCAAAACAACCAUCAAAGGGACACAAUAAUCAACAACAAACAAUGCCAUCAACACAACCAAUGACGAAACAACUACCAAUGAAUAAUGAGCCAACGAAUACACAGCUAAUGAAUUCGAUGAAAGAGAUGGCAAUGCAACAGGCACAGAUAAUGAUGCUCAUGAAUAAAAUGUUGAUGAAACAGAUUACAACUCCUUUGCCAUAUUUUUAACGAAAAGUAGGAAAAUUAACAUCGUGCAUGUACUUGGUGUAAUUUUACAAAAUAAUAAAAAAAAAAAAUUUUUUUUA